UCCAACUCCAUCACUUACUUGACGGGGCCACUCGGCCAGUCAACGGCUGCCGCCGCAGCGAACGUCAACGCUUGGUCCGGAGCUGCGUCGCUGUUGCCUCUCCUAGGCGCCUUCGUCGCCGAUACCUUCCUCGGGAAGUACCGCACCAUAAUUGUUGCUUCCAUUGGCUACGUUCUGGUAAUUCCAUCUUCCUUGCUAAAUAUAGUAAUGGGCAAGCACCAAUGCUUUAACUAA